AUGUUGGUCAAUUGGAACUCAAUGUCCGAUCAAUCCGGGGAUACUCAACAACAGCAAGAUCAGCAGCAGGGACAGCCAUCUCAGCAACAACAGGAACAACAACAACAACAGCAAGAUCCAACAAAGUCACAGACAUUGCCAUCGAAUGAACCUACUGUAGACAUUAGGAGUCUAUCACUCAAAGCUAUCACACAAUCAAAGGGCUAUUGUUUCCUGCCCUCCAUUCAGCUACAAUACGAUUGGCAUAUCUAUCAGAACUCUGACUCUGAUUGCUUCUGGGUCAAUCUUGUCAAGGAUUCAAAGAGUACUGUUCAUGCUACAGUGUCCACAAAGAAGACAUCCAACAACACAUUCCAGUUUGAUGUAAUACCCGAGAACACUCUCACAAUUAAGCCUAUCAAUGGAAAUGGAUCACACUUGGCCCUCAAGUAUGGACAACACAAUCAGGAGGUGAUUGCACCAUCAAAGAUACACAAGGUUGCAGGCACAAAAAGAAUAACGUCAAUGGGAGCAUCUUCAGAGGGUGGACUAUGUGCCUAUGGUAGUUCAGACGGUAUACUUGAGAUAUUUGAAUCAGAUGACGGCCAGGUGAGAAGGAAGCUCAGAGGACAUGUUGGAGAUGUGGACGUUUCAAAGUUCUUCCCAAGUGGCAGGGUGUUGCUGAGUGGUGCAUCCGAUGCUAGAUUGAGGAUAUGGGAUGCAAUUGAGGGAGAGUGUGCAAUGACUCUGACCAGUCAUACUGCAGGUAUCACCUCUGCCUCAUUCGUAGAGCGUGGAAGGAACUUUAUAUCGACAUCAAGAGAUGGAAGUGCUAAGCUCUGGGAUGUACCAACUGGAACAGUGAUACACACACUUCAAAACUAUGAUCGACCAAUCAAUGAUUGCUAUGUCACUACAACAACAAUUAGAUCAUCACAAACACUGGACGAGAGAGAGUUUGGAACAGAUGGCAAAGUAGUACUAUUGGCAUUGGAGCAAGGAUCGCUCAUUCUCAACGAUAUUAGAUCAGCUAAUAUCGUAGCAGAGAUGAGUGAGGAACAUCACAGCACUGCAUUCAAUGCAUGCUUUGCACUGAACAACUAUGUAUAUGGAGGUGAUGAUGAUGGUUUCAUAUUCCAAUAUGACAGAAGAAAACUAGAUCAACCAACAACAAUAUGUCAAUUUAGCAAUUCACCAAUUCAUCAUAUCAGAUCGAACAAUGAUGAUCCGUUGAACAACCACAACAGUCUAUGGGUGAGUUCAGGAGAUGGAAACAUAUUCUUGGUGGACUUUGAUUCACAGUCAGUUACAAGAUCAUUAUCGGGCAUUGAUACUGAUGUCGUGACAUCGCUCAAUGUAGUACCAGGUAGUAAGAAGGCAUUUGCAACAAGUAGGGAUGCAUACGUCAGAGUCUAUGAUCUGUGA